CUGACCCAGACCAGGAUUCCCAAACCAGAUGAAGGGUGCGUGCUUCCAGACAGCAAACUCGCCGAUAUAAUGACUCUCUCUCUCGGUCGUCCCCUUGCCUUGGGCUACCCGCUUCGAUUUCUUCGGCGUUAAAGGCACGCUGCGCUUGGGCAUCGUUGUUACCACCCGGACCGCCCGCGCGCUGAUUGGCGGCCCAACACCCCAUACAGUCAGCAUGGAGGUUCUACUAUCCAAGAUCACUCACCAGGCGGUCAAUUACGCCGUGAAAACGGGUUUCACCAUCACGAGUGGCUUCGUCUUCCAACAAUGUACACGAUUGCUCAAGACCGCGGACAGUCGCGAGAAAGCCGAGUUGGCCGCCUUACAGCUUCGGCUCGAAGGAAAGAUCAGGAUCAUCUCGCCAGCAAUUGAUAUGAUCGAACUGAUAGCAGCCCGCGGAAAUACAUCACUAGAAUCAGCUGUGACUCUGACCAAGUCCCUUCGGUUCGACAUACAGUCCCUGGGCGUACGCCUUGCUAAGGCUGUAGGUGAGGAAAAGCUGGCGCGCAAAGGAAGCUCGCGCAGCAAGUCGCGCGCUGAGAAUGACCUCGAACUUCGUCUCAUCAUCGCCGAGAUCAAGAAACUGCUCAAUAGGAUUGAAGAUGCGGUGCCUCUAAUCAGCCUCGCCAUAACAACCUCCGGCGUCACACUCUCAUCAACUCUCCCAGCAACAGUCUCCCCUUCUAGGAUGUUGCAGGCCAGCACUUUUCUCACGCAUGGCGACACACAAUACAACAUGACUAUGCCCCGUGCACAACAAAUCGGGCCGUCGUUUCACCUUUCCAUGUACAUGUUGUUUUCCGGACAUGCAAAUCGGGCUCUAGAUGAAGAGAACAUUCGGGAGACAACCUGGAAGGAGGUUAUGCAUAAAGCUCGUGCUGUGUUGCUGCGGGUUCCGCUUGAUAACAUCUACCAAUACCCUGAACAUUUCGAAGGCGAUGCUGCUCGAAUUGAUGAGCGUGGGCACGGUCAUAUACCUUCCGAAGGACGCCCGCACGAGUUUGCAUACCAACUUUUGAUCGUCGAAGAUCUUGAAGACGACCGCGUGCACACCUUCGAGGAAGGCGAAGAGCAGCCAGGUCCAUAUCAUGGUGUUGGCCUGGCGGGGAUCCGAGAAAUCAUUCCUGUCCAUGAGAUUUCCAAAAUCUUCUAUGCUGAUACGGGGAAGAUACUCAAUAUCGGAACUGAUGGCGAGACGAACAACCCCAUCCUUCUGCUAAAGCGAGAUGUAAACGCUGUACCACCUCGGCGUAUGAUGGAGCAAACCGACGUGGAGCCCGACUAUGACUCUGAUGACUCACAUACCGUGGGUGGAUCAGAGCCAGACGAAGAACAGUCGGAGUUGGAUGCACAGCUGCGCCGUGAAUCGACUGCAGAGCUGCACACAGACGAGUUACCUACCGCAGAGCCCCAUACCCACCCAUGGCGUCUUCCCCCCAACUUGGACCUGGAGUGGAUGGCUUUUGAGGUUUACACUGAAGAGCCGCCCUCAGACUCCGACGUUGACGAGUCUGACAUCGACAUUGGAGCCACCUCGUCAGCAGCGGCAACCCCGCAGCGGGCUGAGUCUGCAUCUCCCGGGCUUACUUCGUACUUUUCCAAGCUGACUAUGCGGCCUUCGACGCCAGCAACGUGGACGCCUCCACCACCCGACACUCAACUCAUACCAUCUCCACAGAAGAGUUCCCUUCCAAUAUCAGGCCAGGACCGAGCACCUACCGCCGCUCCGGCCAUCAAGACCUCGCUCUCUCUCCUUGAGAUGUUGGUCCGCCUUACUGCCCUGCAGCAGUUCCAACAAACCUCACACCUUGCUGUCCCAGACGAGCUCUUGAACUUCUUCCUUUCCGACAGCAGCACGGUUGGCUCCGGUGGAGACGCUGAGAUUCGUCGACGUGUCCGGCGUGAAGCGCGGAUGAGGGUUGGCUUUGACCCGUACGAUGAGAGCCCGAUCAAGCGACGUGGCGAGGACUACCUUGAGCACGAGUUUCACGACAGUGCGGAAGGGUACGAUGACGCGACACCCCUUUCUCCUAGCGAAGGACGAUAUGAUUAUGAAGGUUACCCGCACGGCAAAGCAUCCCCGCGCUCUCGGUCUACGACGCCAGUGUCGCCCUCAUUACCUAACUCCUCCCCCAUCGGAGGCAAUCGCGCCAAAUCGUCUGCGGACAUUCCGCUGCCAUCUCGUGAGAUUCGGCACUCGAUUUCUUCCUCCGCCAGUCCACUUCUACGACGAGCCACUGACCGACCGAGUCAAUACCGGGCCAUGAAGCAGCCCAGCUUCCGGGCUCCCCCAACGGCACCGCCCACGUCCAGCUCGCCUCGAUUGCCACAGGCUGCUGGGAGGGGAAGCUCCGUGCCUGAUACUCCCCCCGGCAGCAGCAACACACCUUCAUGAAUGCUACUUUUCAUUAGCGGUAUGCGAUUGUUAUGAACCAAUGAUAGCUUGCAUAGGUGGCGGCGUUUCACACUUAGACACUGAAUUUUCGAGCUCAACAUGUAUGGAUUAUGUGUACAGAGCAUCAAGGUAUUCAUCUCAUCACCCCGAUAUGGGUUAGACAAGCUGUAUAUAACGGGCAAUGAUUUAGAUCGAGACAUCAUAUGGGUCUGCUCGUGGACAUGCAGGCACUCGUGUGGUAUACAAGGUCAUAGAUGACGGCAGUGUCAUGAAGCCUCAU